GCGCUUUACUCGUUUGGAAAAAUGCAAGAAACGGUCCUGUCGAGCAACGACAGUCGACUGAGCUCCAAAGUGUUAUCGUACCGACUGUAAAGAUAGUACCAAAACAAUAGAGAAUCGUCGUUUAAUAUGUCAAGCAACAAUGACAACAUGGCGGAAAAAUUGAAUCAACAAACCGUAUUCGCAGACGUUUUUUGAUGUCAACUGCAAGCUCUCACAGAUACCUUCAUCGAUGUAUGAAAAUUCGCAAGUGGUAGGGAUUCUGGAGGUACGUUUGGUACAUAAUAUCAAAGCUUAAAAGCUUUCGCACGCAACCUUACAGCAUGUCGGCUGCAGCGAAACUAGCAGUUUAACCAGGUUAGGAACCAACUUGCGAAGUUAAGUCUACGCACCGCGAUCCUGGGCUCGAAAUUAUAUGGUAAACGACCGCAAUUAAUCAACGAGACAGCCCAGCUAUAUCCUUAGAUCUUGGUCGAGUAGUUACGGCCUCAAAUAUAAUCCAGUCUAGUUUAGACUCUUCAAUAGUACAAAACUGUUAAUGGUUACGACCAUCUUCGAGCCAGCUUUUUGCCAAGUUUGUUUCACUGAUCACUCCAAAUGCAAACUUUACAGAAUGUGACUCCAACUCUAUUGACUCUUUUGAAGAGGGGUGAGCAAAAUGAGCAUCCCAGGUUUCAGAGGCAGAGGAGUAGCUCUGCGAGGACGAAGAGGAAUCGGAGAGAUUCGUAAUGUGCACCCUAAUUUCAACCGUCCCCGCAGAGAAAACAAUGGUCCACCUGGAGAGGAGUGGUUCGACCCAACACCUUCUGGCUCUUGGAAACUCAUAAAUAACGUGCCUCUACUACCGUUGCCUCAGCAUCAACAAUCUGGUAAUUACGAAUCUCAUUCGUACAGGGGGCAACCUCGGUUCUUUCAAAGAGCUAGAGGUAAAAGGAGUAGAGGCGACGGACGAUCGCAGGAUAGAAAUUCGCCUAUUCUUCGUCACAGAGAUCUUGAACUAGCCAGAAAGCAGUCCGAACCGUACAAAGUUGCCCCCUUGGGUUCAGAGGAAGAACGGCAGCAGAAGAUAGCAGAAACAGCGGAUAAGCUGAAGCAAAAACUGUCUGUCCUAACCGGUGGAGAUUCUGUUAAUUUUUGGGAGGAUGAUAUAAGUGCCGUUACUUUCUCACAAGCUGAGGAAACUAUUAAUGUGAAUAGGGGGAUCGCAGAGCUCAGCCAUGACCCCCCUGAGCUUAAUCUCACUGUGAAUGACCUUAGAGACAUUGGGAGAGUCGAUUCGGAACACCCUCCCAAUUCUGGUGAAACUUGUGAAACGAUAGCUGUGAAAAACGUGGCAAAAGACAAUUGUGAUAGUCAACAAUCUGCAAAUGCAUUAAAAGUCAAUGCCAAUGUCAAUGUUGAAGGUGGCAAUUCCCUAGAAGUUGAACACUUAAAAGAUACGGCACUGCAUUCCCAAAAAUCAAUUGGCACCCACGAAAAUCUCAUUGUUGGAAACGGAGACAAGAUACAAAGCAAGAUUGAUUCGGAGGACUGGGACAAGCCUGACGUCAAUCGUUUGAAUUUUAUUCCAAACUGCAACCAGAAAACGUCUACAGCUAAGUCUCCCCACUUAGAAGAGGGCGAUUCACCUGAUAAAAAUGAAAUUCAAAUCUGUCGAUUUGAACCAGAUCGUAACAAGGAACCGUCCAGAGCAACAGUGGCGAUCGAGUUUGAAUCAAGGUUUUCACAGGAAGAGAAAAGCUUUUCUCAGUCUACUUUUGUACCAACAUUUGGAUCAAACUCAGGACCAAGGCCCCGACCUGAUAUGAGCUUAGACUUUCAUCCUGGUAUGCGGUCUUCGUUUCAUCAAAAUUUUACUUUUGCCUCUGGGCCACCAAUAGGCGUACCGUUUCACCCUGAAGCUACCAUGGAAAUGUCACCAAAUUUUAGGCCUGAUUUUCAAGCGAGAUUCCACAGCAGGCCUUGUUCCAGUGAUUCAUUUGCAACCCCUAGGUUUCACCGCUCUCACAUAGGCACCUCAGAAUUCAGCGGGAAAACCCCACAAAUUGAAAUAAGAAGUGAAAAUAAUAUGUUGAGAGCAAUGAAUCAAAGCAAUCACAAUCUUCAAAUCAAGUAUGAUCCUCGUGGACCUCCGCCAAGAUUUGCUAUGCCUUUUCGUCAAGACCAUUUACACCCACCAACCAUCUUUAACCCCAAUGAACUGCCGCCGAAAUUUCGCUCUUUCAAUCGAAACGGACUUCAAGCACCACCGGAUUUUCACCCCAGAGGUCCGCCACCCCAAUUUAACAAUGGAGAACAUAGACUCCAUAGCCCGUUUGUUCAUAACAGUCCGAGUCACGAUGCGCCACUUGCGAUGAUAAAUGCGAGUAUUAGACCAGAAUUUCCACAGAUUAUGCAGACCGGAUAUCCACAAUUUCGGCCCAUACAUGUAGAAAAUCAACCACCUACUGGAUGUGAGGCUAUUGUCAAUGGAAGCUUCAAUCCAUCCAUGCCACCCCCUAAUCCUGUGCCUUGCAUAGCGCACAAGUUUCCGUUGUCUCCCGUUCCUCCACCACCACCGCCACCAUCUUCGUCGUGUUCUCCUUCGCCUAGAGAACACCAAGGCUUACCGCAACACUUACCCAUAUCUGUAGAAACAUUGUGUGUCCAACCACCUCCACCACCUUCUUCGACCAGCUCAAUUAUCCCCAGGAUGAAGGAGCAACAGGUUUUGGCGAAUGAAAGUGAGAAUCCAAUCCCCAAUAUGAACGAUGAAUUAGAAGACAUGCAAGAGGCUCUUGAGUUUGCAAAGCAGCUCAUGAAUAUGACAAGUGUAGCACAGAAUGCCUCGCAGCCGAACAUACCUGUUUUUCCAAAUCAGUCACAGAUUCCAUCUACUGAACCUUUCCAUUUGGAGGAACAGCAGAGAUGUCAGGCCACUGGAAGGAAUCAAGUAGAGAACAGAGAGGAGCAUGAACAUGACAUCAAAACACUCAAAAAAAUGGAAGACAAAAAUGAUAGAUGUGAAAGAAUAGAUUUGGAGAAAUCAGAAAACCUUGAGCAAAAUCAAAAGUUAAACACAGUCGGCUCACAGUCCUUGCAACUUUCUCGUCAUGGUACACAUCAUAAAUCAGGCAUUAACGACAACAUAGUACAAUCUGGCAGCAUAACAUCAGAAGGAAAUGGUAGUCUGCAGGUGUCUGGUCCAAAGCCUUCGACUAAAUCCUUGCUGGUAUCUACAAUUGAUGCAAACUGGAAGGACAAGGUAAUAAAUCAAUUUCUAAAAAUGAGUAAAAAGGAUAUUUGCAAUAUGGUCAACAGCUCAGGACUCAGGAAAUUUGACAUUGCCAUGAAGCACCUUGUGAAGGAAAGGAAAUACUCUUUGUCUCAGGAGAGACGAUGUACCGCAGAUGAUAAGGUGAAAGGCUACGAUAUGUCCCGAGAAGAAUUCAUGAACCAGCUAAGUGCUAUGUUAGAUCCCAGUGCUACAGUUGAUGUCAAUAACCUGCCAGCAAAAUUUAUUCAACAUCUGGGCGAAGUUUUGAAGCUAGACAUUCAAACCCAUCUAAUAGACUCAGUUGAUUCAGGAACGAUGGUCGAUGACACAAUUCAAGAUCACUUAGCUCCAGAUAUGCAGCUGCUAAAUACUGCCGAGUGCUCGGAGCUACCUGCGAUCGCUAAUCAUAUCAGCAUUGAAACUAUGAAAGGGGAUAAGCAAGAGAAGACUGUGUUCGAAGAAAUAUUUCCAGCAAAAAUCACAAGAGCAAAGCUACCUCAUAAGUCGCCCACACAGAAGACAGGGAGUGUAGAAAGUGGUAGGGAGCAUUUGUCCCAUAGAUUCAUCAGCGCUAAGUCCAAGCAAAGCAUGAUGCCUGAGGAAGGUCCCGAUUCAAAUGAUAUAAUUUUCAUAAAAUCAACUACAUCAACUGUAGAAGGUGAAACACUGGUUGAAAAAAGCCCACUAUCUGUAAGUGUUCUUUCUGAAAAAACUUGCGACAGGACGAAAGAACGGCGCAGCAAGAAUUGCCAUGAUUUGAGUGAACGCAGAAAUUCACCUAACAUUGAGUGCGAUGCCAGAAACAGAGUGCCGAUUAAUAAUUUGAGCGAACAGGAAGUCGGACGACGGAGUACUACUGCAUCCAGCCGAGAUACUUCAUUGAGUGGUAAAUCCCAAUCGCCAAGAGAUAAAGAUACCUCGAGGUCUCUUGGCAGCUCGAGUCACAAAAAAGGAUAUCAAACAAAUAGAAAUCAUUCCCCACCCUUACCUCCAGAGGGGAAAAAUUGCAGCCCAAUUGUUGUUUCUUCAAUGAAGGUUCAAGAAAAUUCUGUCGAUAGCGAGAGUGACAGUAUGAGCAGUAGCGGUACAAUUUCGAGCAAAAGUGAUAGGUCACCCUCGCGAAAUGUAACAAAGCUUUUGAAGAUAAUUAAAGAGAAGGAGAAAAUUGCAAAACAUAUGAGUUUGAAUGAAACAAUACGUGAUGAGGUCACAGCCGAAAUAGAAUAUGCUCAACAGAAGAAUAAGGAGAAGCUACAGGAGCGAAAAAUUCGGGAACGAGAGAAAGAGAGGAAGAAACAAGAGUGGAGAGAGGAUCGCAAGGAACUGCAAACAAAAAAUUUAAUCAGUGAGGAGCUUUCAUUAUCCGAGCAAAUCAUUGUUGACAAGAUACCAACUGAAACUCUUCCAGUGAAAACGGCGAACCACAUUACGUCUAAACAUGAAGGUUCUAGCGCCAGGAUGUCGAACAAGGAUCCAGGUCAAACUCCUGUUACAGAAACUAAACUAGCAAAAGGAAACCUAAUGCAUACAAAAUUAGACCAGGGUUCAGAUGCUCACGAAUCACCGUCGUCCAAAAAAUGUGAGAACAAAGCGGUACCUACACAACGUUUAGACAAUAACGAUGAAACAGACAGUUCCAGUUUACCAGAAAAUACAAAUAAGAUUUCAGGCAAAAAAAAUGCGACCCACGCUGCAGACCGUUCGUCUGAUAUUGAAGUCACUAAAUCGAGAGUAAAAAAGAUAGAUAUACAAGCAUAUAAAGCAAGGACAUUGCAAAAAAACGUUGUGAAGCAGAAGGAAGUAAUAACAAGUGAAAAUAUUCUUGGCUCUGUCAUUCAUUCGAGUAACAACCAGCUUGCCCCUGCAAAAGAAACAAGAAAGGAGAAGGAUGUGGAGGAUCUGACAGAUUAUGAUCAUGGAGAACAAGAGCCAACUCCAACUGUCGUUGAAGAGAUAAAUGCUGGACGCAACUGCGAAUCAAACAAUAAGCAUCCUAUGAGACAGUUGCACAAGGAGAAGAGCACCAGCUCUGAGAUGAACUCUGAAAUCCAAGAGAAAAAAACAAAACUACGUGAAGAAGCUUGCAAAGAAGUGUUGGCCAAAGACGAGAAUAGAUGUACUGUCGAUGUGCAAUGUAAAAAUCAUGAAGCAACUGUACGGAAGGGCCACCGAUCAAGAAAAGAUGAACGAUGUACGGUUACACAAGAUAAGAAUAAAACGCAUAGAAAAAAGUCAAAACAUUCAUCUCGAAGAGAUUCCUCCUUAGUUAUUGAUAAAUUGCAAAAUGAUAAAAAACAACAACUUGGACCAUCUUUUCAUCGAAAAAAGUCUCCAGUAAAGUCUGCACAUCGAAAUAAUAAUAUUGAUGAAAUAGUGGAUAGAAAACAACGGAAGGAUAAAAACAGAUGUACCGACUCCAAAGAAAAAAAAAAGGAGAAGCAUGAGCAACCAGAAAAAAAUGAUCCGAAACGCAAUAGAUCACCUCUCACCCCUCCGGUCGAUAAAAAAAUACGAUUGGAUGAAACCGAAAUUAAGGACAAUGUUAAUCGUGAGCAACAGGAGCCUGACGUGAUUUCCAACCGAUCUUUGGUGGUGGAAACUGAUCUGCCAGUUUUGCCACUGAAAGAUUGCGAAAUUGCUCAGAGAACAGCAAAUCUUCUACCAGAUAUUGUAGUACCGAAAGUUUCAGAAUCCAAAAAUUCCAUAAUUUCCCUCAACAAUGCACACUCUGAGUUAGCUGGUAAAAUGAUAGACCAUGGAGAAACUUCUUGUAGCCAUAAAAAUCAUCACAACAAUAGAAUCCAUAAGGGUGGAGUUGAGACAAGAGAUAUCGAAAAUGUUGAUAGACUUAAUGAAAGAUCUGCUGACACUAAAUUGGAAAACCAAUCGUCUCAUAAUGAGAUAAAUCGUUGUGAUGAAAUUGAAGAAGAACCGUCAUUAUCGCAGUCCAAGGAAAGGUCGAUACAUGAGGAUGUAAAAAUUGUCCUCGAUGAUUUAAUAGCCAUAGCAAUCACACAGCUAGAAUCGUUGAUCGAUAGGAAUGAACAGAAGGGUAAUUAUGCGGCAACUGCGACUUCCUUGCCAACAAUAUUGGAAUUACAUUUGCCAAACAACAAGGAAUAUGAAUUCCUCAAUGACGGUCACCCAGGGAACUCAUCCAAUCAUGAUAUUCCAAAUCUGAAUUCUCCCGAAAUUCCUGCAAGUCCACUGCAAGGCUUUUCAGAGGAGUCGAUCAAAAGCAGCAUACUGGGGAAAUGCAAACUAGCUCAAUCCGUCUCAAAUAUAAGUGAGGGCUAUAUGUCAGACAAGAAACUCGAAAAACUUGAUGGAAUUAUGCUUGAGAUGCCCGCAGAAGGUAACGUAAUACCUCAAAAUUCUGAAGAAGGACAGAGUCUACUUGAUGACGCAUCUUCAAUUUUAUAUCACAAGUCUGAGAAACCAAGUCGUUUGGCAACUGAAACACCAAACAAUGCGGAAUCAAAGGCCAUGAGUAAUUGCCAAGAAUCGACUGAAACUGAAAAGGAAGAAAAACAAUCUGUAAGGAAUGUGGAAAAAAGCGAAUCCUUUGUGAGAUCUGUAACUCCUUCUGGUGACACUCUCUCACUGGGCAGUACAAUAGAUUUUGACCAAAAUGAAUUCAUUGUUCUCUCAGAGAUAUCAUCGGAUGAAAACUUUUCACAAGAUGAGGAACGAAAGCCAGUAACGGUGUUGGAACCUGAGACUGAGAAAGUUGAUACUCUGGAAACGACAAACUGUCAACAAAACGAAAAAAAAAUUCGUCCAAAAACCCCAACUCCGAGGCAUCCAGCAGAUUCUGAGUUGAUGGAAAAACGAACUUCUGAUGUGCCGUUAAGUUGUGAAACUAUUACAAAGGAUGGAAAACCCGAAACGUCGAAUAGAAAAUCAAAAAUAAAGACCCGAAAUUCAUCUCCCAUUCCAAACAUCCAAACAGAAUCAGUUGUGGAUACUUCUGUGAAAAUAUCCACAGCCAACAACCUUGGCGAAUGUCAAGAAAAAACAAUAGAAGAAAGAAUCAACUUUAAUAAAUCUGCAGAAAGCGUGGCUACUCCAGAGUGUAAUUCUGUUACUUCCAAAACUUUUACUAGCAACAAUGACCGUGGCAAAAGCGAACAAGUUGUAGGUGUUAAAUCAGGCAGCCCAAGAAGUGUUAAAAGUUUUCUCACUAAAAGUACGUUAUCUUGUGACAGUGUCACCACCAAGAGCUUACACAGAACAAGGCACUUGCACCGUAUAAACCGAAAAAAGAACAAGAAACCAAAACUUGAUCGAAAAGAUAUAACAGAAACCAUUAACAACAAAGAAAUCGUGACAGUAAUAAGAAAACUCCACACUAAAGAAUCUGUCAUGGCAAGAAUGAUAGAAAUUGACGUCGAGAUACAUAAAUUAAUGUCUGAGAAAAUGAAUCUGUAUCAAAUGCUGGAAAGUGGAGCAUUACUAACGGAACAAAAUGUGGCUGCUGGUAAAGAAAAGUCUCAACCUUCGAGUGAAAAAAUUAACAUUUCAGCUGACCCACUUUUCGAUGACGAACCUAAUGAAAGCUGUACAACCAAGAAAUACAAAUUUGGCUCCAAGUCAGAAAUAAAGAGCGCCACUACCACUUUGGAAAAUGAUUCAAUUCAUCAAGGUAAUGACGCUCGGCAAACAUCCAUUGCAAAAAAAGAGAAAACGAAUAGACAUAGCAGACCUUCUACACGGCAAGGUAAGAAAUUGAAAACCAGAAGCGCAGAGGACAAACCCAUGGACAGACUGAAGAAUUCGUACAAAGAUGAAAGACGCAGAAGUAAAGAAAUUUCACAAGGGCGGUCCAGCCAUAACUCGUGUAAGGAAGAAAAUACCCAAAGCAAUGUACGUUUGGAAAAAAACCACCGACAAGAUACAGUAUAUUCUCAGAAAACCAGAAGAACCAGUCGCAAUGGUAUAAAAAAAAAUAACAGAGUUGCUGAUUCUAAAGAAAAUUCCUUCUGUCAUAUCAAGAAAGAAGUACAAUCUUGGAAAGACAGCAAUGAAACAUGGGCAGCAACAGUAGAUAGCUCUGCAAAUGUAACAAAAUGUCCCGAAAUGCAGAGCCAGAUUCAUUUCACUGACAACCGUCAAUGUUUGACAUCCUUCUCCCACAAGAUUAGUGUAGAUUCCAGAAAAGACUCUGUGUUGCUCGAAGGAAUGUUGCAACAAGAAGAGAUAGUUGUGAAGAAUGGCAGUUUUGCUCCGUCCAAGAAGACCAAGGGAGAAGCACCAUCCCUAUCAAGAUCACCGAAUAUUUUGUCCACUGAUGAAGAUGAGAUGCCUUUGAGUUUGCUAUACGUCAAAAAGUUCAAUAAAAAGGUCGAGCCUUUUAAUUCGAAAAAUAGCUUAUCCAACACCAGUAUAAAUCCCUCGGAAUUUACCAAAAUCAAAUCUGCCAGGUUAGUGGAAAUUCCAGAAGAUGAUGUCCAGACGACAAAUGACGUGAUAAUUAAUAAAACUGAGAAAUAUCGACGUUCGAAAAAGAUUAAAUCUGAAAAAAAAGACCAUGCGAUGAUUCCAUCAAAUAUUGAGCCAAAAGUAAUUUGGUCUACGGAGACAUCUCAAGACAGCUGUGAGGAUCAGUUAAAAGGUGUUUGUACAAAUCCGAUGGACUUGGGUAAUUCUCAAAUAUCGAAGGACGCGAAUAUUUCUAAUGAGAAUAAUAAGAGCGAAAUUUCCAACAGUAAAUCCAAGUAUGAGUUGGAACAACGACUUACCGAUACUUUGGAUAAUUCCACAUUCUUUGAACACUCUCCUGGAAAAAAACAAUGGAAUAGUGAAUCGGUACCAUUGGAUCCAGAAGUGAACUCGUGUGGAAAGUACUCACAUGAAUCCCAAAAGUAUCCAAGCAAAAAAAGAAAGCCUGGAUAUUGGCCUGAAUGCAGAGAUCAUAAACCAACUGAUUCCACUGCUACAACUUGUUUAAAAAAAAAAUUCGACAAGGGAUACAAUAUAGACAGCGAUCACCCAUUUAAAAGAAAAAGAACAAUUAGCAAUUCCAAGAUGAUGGACUGUAGCGUCAGAUUGGUAGAUUGCAAAUAUACUUACAUGAGAAAAUAUUCACAUUCUGAUGAUCAUCAAAGCUUUGCCGAUUUGUAUGACUCUCACGAAUCUGAAGAAUUCCCUGAAUUCGGAAAUGAUGAUCCACAACAUCAUACUCAAAUAGCAAAUGUCGUUGAAGAACCGACUCCAUCAUCAGCAGAACGUUCAGAUCAUUCGAUGUGUAAAUAUGCAACUCUGUCAGGUGAUGAUGAUGGAAAUUAUUUAUCUACGGCAUACACCAUAAGCUCCAAUCUUGAGGAAGAAGAUUUGAACUACGACAAUGGGAAUCAUGAAAUUAUGGAAUUGCAUAACAUGAGUGUGCCUCAAACUCUGGGAGAGCAAGAAUGCUCUACAAGAGAGACUUCAGAAGCCGAAGCUUGCAAAUUAACAGAUGAAUUACAAGCAAAUAGUUUGGAGCUACAAGAAUUAUCACUGCUUGCAGAGUCAGCUGUUGGAAUCCAAGAAUAUGAAUCCCCAUCAAAUUUGGUCGAUCAAAAUAUCGAUCAAAUUCGAAAUGCAUCGGAACAAUUAUCAGAAAUCAAUAGUAAUGUCAGUGAAGAAGAGAGUGCAAGGCAAUUUAUACCCCAAGAUAGCAAUGAUUUUGAGUCAAAAAAUAAAUUGAAUGUUGCAAAAUUAAAGGAAAUUGAAGAGGUGACAGUACCACGUAUCCAGUACAGCGUACACAAAGGACCUAUUCUAGAAAUCAAGGUGUUUGGCAACUCAAUCCUUGCAGCCAGCGAAGAUGGGGUGAUAUAUCGGUAUAGUCAAACCUGCAACGGGAUUCUGAACACUUAUGAAGGUCACCAGGCAGCAGUUACCUGUAUGCACGUCUUAGAAGUUUCUUCUUUGGGAACUACUAAGGAUUUGUUGUUUUCCGGUUCCUUAGAUGGCUCUUUGCGUUGCUACGAUAUAAAGUCUGGUCAACAAGUUCGAGAUGCGACUAAGGUGGGAAGCCCUGUUCAAUGUAUGGAUCAAUCUUGGGGUGUAAUUUUUCUCGGUACUAAAUCUGGCUGCGUAUCUAGAUACCACGUCAAGUCAAACACUCUCAAGGGAGAAGAAAUAAAGUUUUCAGACGAAUCGGUGCUGGCUUUGAAAUCUACAACGGAAGGUCCACGCAGGGUGCUUAUAGUCGCCUCCCGAAGCCAGCCAAUAACGAUCAGAGAUGCUCAGAGUGGCUUAUUUCUUCGAACAGUCAGCGGGCAUAAGAGCCAUACCGUUUACAGUCUGAUGAUGGAGAGUAACCUAGUGUUUUGCGGAACGAGCAGCACUGCUAUACCCGUAUUUGACUUUAUCAACGGAUCUCAAGUCAGAUUGUACAACGCAGGUCCGGGAAUCGUCUGUAUGCGGAUGUACAAGUUCUUAUUGUUUGCAGGCUGUUACGAUGGAAACAUCUACGUAUUUGAUACAAAGGUACACAGAUUAGUCUGCAGUAUACCUGGACCAGGAAAUAUGUUGCUCAGCAUGGACAUUGUUAAGGAUAAGUUGAUAGCAGGCAGCAAAGAUCGGCGUCUGCAUAUGUGGCAGAUGCCUAAUCAAGUACAGGCACUACUGACGAACAGAGCAUAACUGUCGGUUAUACCAAUACUGUGAUUCUAGUCAAAUGCUGUUGGUACAGUUUUUAAGUGAAAUUUUUAUUGAAAAUCUAGCAAUCCCAACUACGAUCAUAUGAUAUGAGUUAUAUGUAUGCGUGGACCAUGAAUGACAGAUAAUCAUCGACUAACAAAGUCUUGGACUAUUUGUAAUAUUUAUUGGACAGCGUUGAAUUUGGUAACGAGUUGUAUUUGAAAGUAUAUUUUUCCGAGUAACGCGCGCGCGUAACCAAACACGCGACUGUAUAUAAGUAGAGAUAUGUAGGUAUAAGCACAUACGUUUGUACAUGUGGAUAAUUUCAUCUAGAAUGUAUGACGCACAUAUUUGGGCGAAUCAAACUGACUAUUCAGAAAGAGAUUCUUACCUGUACGUAAUGUUACAUAGGACGUUAUGUAAAGUUGUGUAAUUGCAGUCUUACCAAAGUUAAACGUGCCCAUGAAUUUUUAGAGCGAAUAGCAAACACCUUCACAAAUCGACCCGAAAAAUACAAGAGAAAUAUAAACAUACAUGCAUGCAGGCAUGUUUUUUACUAUAUUAUACUGCGCUGAAUAUUUGCAAUUAUAGUAUACGAACAUUUUUAAAGAAUAGAAAUUCGUGUAAUUACCUGCUGUAGCAAAUCGGUUGAAUUCUCAAUAUGCUUGGAAGAUUGCCGAAUUAACGAACGAGGUAUGGAGCUGGUCAGAAAUAAUGAGUCGGAUUUUUUUUUUUUUUCUCCUUACCUGUUAAUAAUUGCACAGCACUUGAGUUUGAAUGAAUAAAAACAUGUUUGAAAUUUA